UGCAGCUACGUCACGAAGCCCCGUCACCAUGGUUACAGGACGCUCGCUAAAGGUUAGCGGUGAACGUUUACGUGAAAUAUACUUCUUUAAAACAGAUUUAAAAUGAGCACCAUCACCUCAUCCGCUGGUAAAGCUGAAAGUGUGACUGUGAGGAGAACUGAAUGGUCAGAUGCUGAAGAGAUCAAUAAUCUGAUCAGUCCUGCAGCUGUUGCUGUGUUUGGGAGAAUCAAUGUCAUCAAUCUUCUUGAGAAAGCACAUCUAGCCGUGACCUUGAGCACCACUGCAAAUGAAGUUUUGGCCCAUGCAUCUUUCUCAGACCACCCCCUUGAAGAGUUGGUGGAUCAGGCGUGCUGGAAGCAUUUACUUCAGAAUCACGUCAAUGGCGAGAAAUUCACUCCUAUGAACACUCUUUUUCUGCGUUUAUUUGUGACUCAGCCUGGCUUCUCCAUAGGGGGCGCUAAAGAGAUUAUGAGAGCAGUUUUCAGCGCCGUUGUGGAGCUGGAAUACAUCUGCCUCCUGACUCCCCACAGAGGCUCACUAGAGGCAGCACUGGAGAAGAUCUUUGAACCCGUGAUGCCUGUUAAGGAGGAGGUUCAGUAUUCAGCCUAUGUUUGUCAUCGACACAAUUACUGCCCUCGACUUCACAUCCGCAGAGCCAGAGUGGAAGAUCACGAUGACCUCAUGCACGUAUUUGCAGAGCAGAUCACGCCACUGCUGGAGUCCCACGGGCCGUACUUCCUGUCUGAGCUCAUCGAGGCUCAAGACGAGGAGAACCAUGCAGUCGUCUGUGAAAGUGAAGGAGCUGUAGUUGGUUUUGUCAGUGUGAGCAGUCACAUGGAUUUGAAGCUAUUCAAUAAGUGGUUUGAACUUGAGGACUUUGAAGGAUUGAGAAAGACAAAUCCAGCUCAUCAAGAAGAACCACCAGAGGAACCACAAACACCGGGGGAGGAAAACAACGUCACUGAUGCCCAGCAAUCCGAUGAGGCCAAAGAACCUGUGAAAGGACUGACAGCAGAACAGGAGAGUGGAGAUGAGCCUACUAAAACAUCUCAGCCAGAGUGUAUUAGGGCAGGCACCAAAGACACAGUGGGCUCAGUGGAGGUCUCUAAACCAGACGGGCCACCUAAUGCAUUCUGCAUCCAGCUCUUCACUAUGGAAAAGAAGUUUGAGACGAGAUCAGCAGAUUUCCUGCCAUACCUGUUUAAACUGUUCCUGGAUCGGGAUUUCUGUGUGAUCUCUGUACCUAAACUGACACCAGAGUUCCCGCUGCUGCAGUCCUUCAUCAGAGUCGCUCCUCGUGACACCAGCAGCAGCUCACAGGAACUCUACCUGUGUCACCGCUGGGGACUGGCCAGGACGUUGGAGGUGCGAGUGGCGGUGUCCUCUGAUAUCCCAGCUGUCCAGAGUCUGAACGAGAGUCUCAGCCAGCAGGAGUCCAUCAGUGAAGAUCUGGAUCUGUUCCUAAAGGCCCGAAAAGACCAGGGUGGAACUGCUCUUCAGGCGUUCGUGGCGCAGGUCGAGGGGCGAGUUGUUGGUUUGAUAAUCAUUAGAGAUGAAGAGGACAUUGAGUUCAUCAGAGCCAACUUCGACGUUGAGAGGUUCAUGUAUUUCAGCCAUCACCAGCGAGAAGAACACGGUCGACUGUGUCACUUUGUCCUCAACCCCGUUUUCCUGCAUCACACCAAAUAUAUCUUUAGGGAGGUGAUGCGCUUGGCACACAAGUCCUGCCUCUAUUACCUCCUCCAUCCAUCCCAAUAUAACCAGACGAAUGUCAGCCUUCGCUCUCUGACAGCGGUGUUGAACUUCAUGGUCCCGGUGAGCCCGAGACGACAGAUCAUCUACCCGCUGGAGGAGCUGGCCAUCAACGCACCAUCCCUGCAGAUCACCAAACAACAGGCUCCUUUUGCCCUGUACCACACUAACAGAAAACUCACCAUGGAGCCGAAGGUCACAGUCAAUGGCAGAAUUGUGGUAGUGGGGGCAUCUGACACCGGUUUAGCUUUUCUUGAAGCACUGACAUUCUGUCCUCAUCUCAGAUUCAACAAUCUCACUCUCAUCUCCACUCACGGCCUUCCAGAUCGCAGCUCUGAUGACAACAUGAGAUUUCUGGCUACAAGCCACUGCUACAGCGAUCAGGAUGGAGCCCGGCUCUCUCUGCGCUCCUGGAUCAGCGUGGUGAAGGGUAAGAUGAAGGCCAUUGACCGCGAGGCCAAACACGUGGAGCUGAUGGAGGACGGUAAAGUGAAGUAUGACUAUCUGAUCCUCUGCACCGGCCUGCAGUAUCAGAUGCCCAGUCUCACCAGUGCAGAUGUAUUAACCCAAAAAACCAACAGCCUGAACCCAAAACAGCCCAGAGACGGACACGUACGGCCCGGCCCGUCCAACCUCUUUACCCUAAACGACCAGCACGAUUGCUCUCACGUCCAUCAGUGGCUCACGGACAACUUUGUGAAACUGACAGGUGAUGCUGUGCUUUAUGGAAACACCAUAGACGUGUUCACCUGCACGGAGACGCUCAUGUGUCUCGGUGUCAGCGGCCGCCGGAUUCAUGUGGUCCAUCCUCCCGAAGACAACACAACUUCCUGUUUCCCCAAUGGUUCAGUGGAGCAGGCAGUGAAACAGGCUCUAGAAAGAGAGGAGGUUCACGUGCAUCACGACUGCCUGCUGACUCAGAUCAAUGACGGACGACACACAGAUCCCGUGACUUCAGUGACCUUCACCAGCGAUGCUCAGACUCUUCGAUUGGAGUGUGCGGUUUUCUUCAGCUUCUCUCAUAAAACCGUUGACUACGAUGCCUUCAAGGCCAUCAAUGAUGCCUGUCUUGUGUUCGAUGGGCGUUUGGUCACAGAUACCAGCUUCCACACCAACGACCCCUCCAUAUACGCCGCAGGCCCCAUGACCAAAUACUCCCGUCGUUACCAUGCCGACCAGUGGAGCGACUCCUGCUUUAAUUGUAAGGAGGUGGGGCAGAGUUUGGCAUCUGUUGUCCUGCCCUUAUGUGACCCGACCCUGGAGGGUCCCGCCUGCCCACCGUCUGACCACGACCACCUCAUUCCAGUGUAUAAUCAAGCCAAGAUCCAAGGGGGAAGAUUACCAGGUGGCUACAAUUACCUCCAUGUCACAAAACCCACUGCCAUUGGCCAGAAAGCAGCGGCUCAGAAGCAGGGUUGUGACAUCGUGACCGGCCGAACUGAAACAGGGAACUACUUCCAUCUGCAUCUCAGCCCACAUGACGUGGUGGAGAGCAUCACGUGCCUCUCUAAAAACACACUUCCCGUCUCAGACCUCCUGUGUCUCUACAGGAAACACCAGCUGCUGCUGAAUCAUCUCUGCUCACGCUACCACGAGGGUUUGGUCCAUGACAUGUACAGUUAUUUUAGAGAGAAUUGGUGUUUGGCUCUUUAUCACGAUCGCUUUGCUGACUUUGAACAGGAAGUCCGUCAAAUCAUGGACUCGACCAAACUAGAGGGCGAGAAUGGUUCAGUGUCGAUUCAAGAGGCCCUUCAGAAGAUAGUGGACGAUAAAGCAGAGUCCGAUCAGUCGAUGAGUCUCAGCGAGGUAUUUCAGAAAAGCGAGGCUUAUUCUGCUCUGAGGAAGAGUGUUCUGGAUUAUCUGAAGUACAACAGAUACCAUCUGACUAUGUACGCCCGGCCGGGAUUGCUGUAAUCAAUAUCUAUUUAGUAUUUACAAGUAUUUAUUCAGUACUUUAUCUUUGGUUUCUUUAUUUCCUGCAUUCACUGCACCAUAUGUUUGGGGGGGGGACACAUUGUGGGGGGUUGGAGCUCAAAGAACUUUAGCAAAUAAAUAAAGAUUCUUGUUUUUGUCAAAUGCAAACGUUUUGUGUCUAACCGGGUGACUAUUCAUUAAAAUAUCUGACUCUGCUCUUUUGAAAUCUCGAACGUAUCUGCUGUCCAGUAUUAUAUUAUGCGGCGGCUCCUCAGUGCGGCGGGGCAGAUAAGAGCGGCAGAAUGAGGGGAAUCUGAGCGGUUGUAGAGACGGAGCGCAGCAGCUGUAUGAUAAUGAAUGUGGGGCAGAAAAAUCACAGACGCAUGAUCCAACAGUUCCACGUCACAUAGCUCGUGUCUUUUACUAUGUUUACCUCUGGUGAGCAGUAAUGUGAGCAGAGCAGAUAUUAAAAACAUGAAAUAAACAUGCAUAUGAGAUUUCAGAUGCAACAAAUGUGUUUGUUGAAGUUAGGCAAGUAAACCACCUUGCCUCUUAAACUCAAAGUCGAAUGUCGACAUACAAUAAAAACUAAAAUUUAACAAAUAUAGGUUCCACCAAAAUGCACAUUGAUCAUAAUCACAAAAUAAGUAAAAUGAAAAAAAAAAAAAAAAUGGUUCUUCUGAAAUUCUCAACAAUGAUAAAAUAACACUAUAAAAUGCAGUAACACACAAAACAAAUAGAAAUGUGCAAUGCAAUAUAAAACUACAUAUCAAAUGCAAUAAAAUAAAAUGAAAUACAAAAGAAGAUAUCUUUGGAAAGUCAAAUCUUGCACAUUAGGCUAAUAUGUAUGUAGAAAUGUUAUUCCUCCAAAUAGCACAUUAAAGUUUAAUAAACUAAAAGCUUAUUCCAGAUGCAACAAAUGUUUGUUCAAAUGUGUGUUUGUUCAAAUGAUGCAUGUAGCCUAUCUGCUCCCCAAAAACGCGUCGUGUGUUAAUAAAAAAAUGCAUGCGUUCACAAAAAUGCUCGUGAAGAGUCAAAAUCACGUGCAAGAAAUGCGCUCGUCUGCAAAUAAAACGCCGUUUUUGCUACGCUCUCCGAACGAUUCGAGGAAGAUUGCGAGAAAUUCCGCUAUGACGAGACCGUUGCAUUGGAAUGACAUCAUCACACACGAGCACAAUGCUGCUGCCGAUGGCACGGGCGAGUUUGCAGACAGGAACGAGUCCGUUUGAACAGAAGGAUGGUGUGCGUCUGUCCCUGCCGCUCGCGCAAGCGUGUCUUUUGUGAUGCAAACGAGAGGAGCCUCUUUUAUGAAUUAUGUAUGCGCGCAAUGAGUGAUUAAUACGUCCCGCAUUCAACUGUCGCACAUGUCCUGAGCCCGAGGGCGUCUGAUUUAUACAUUUAAUUAGUCGCGAGACAAAUUACGCAUGCAACUUGCGAGCCUUUUUGCAGCACGAACCGAUUUAGGGACAUUUGGGUUAAAACUGCGCCGCUCUGCGCGCUUGAAAAUUAAAAACGGAACUUCUUUGUUGCCAUUUCCCCCCUUUUAAUUUGAAAUUCUGAUGCUCUAAGAGUGAAGAAGCCCCUAAAGGGUGCUGACAAAG